AUGGAAUACUAUAGAGAGUCUCAAGAUGUGAAGAAGAUAAAGAAAACGCUUGAUGUCCUUUAUGUUGCGGUGAAAUAUCGACCUGAAUUAGAAGAACUGUACAAGAAAACCAAGAAGGAAUAUGACAGAGCAUUGUCGAUCGCUAGAAAAAAUCACAAUGGCAAAAUAAUAUCGGAGGCUAAAAAUAAAACAAAGAUGGUUUGGCGGGUCAUAAAGGAUACCACUGGCUAUGGGUCCCUGGGUACUGGGAAACCUAUAAUGAAUGGGAAUCCAGAACAGGUAUUUGAUGAUUUUAACUCCUAUUUUGCUAAUAUUGCACCAAAUAUUACUACUGCUAUGCUACAUUCAGGGGAUGGUUCCACUUUUGAAGUCAAGAAGGUGGAAAACUCGUUUUAUAUGUUUGAUAUUACAGAUGCGGAGAUUAGGUCUAAAAUUCUAAAGUUCAAUAACAUUAACAAAUCGUCUACUGGAUAUGACGAUGUUCCCAUUAAGGUGACAAAGAAGGCUUUGAAUCUCAUAAUUGAGCCUUUAAAGUUCAUUAUGAACUGUUCAUUCAAGAAAGGCAUUUUCCUUGACAGCCUGAAGGUAAAUAUUGUUAAACCGUUGUUCAAGAGAGGAGCUCCAAAUGAUUAUGGUAACUACAGGCCAAUUAGUCUUAUAACAGCAUUCGCUGAACUUUUUGAAAAAGUACUAGCUGAAAGACUUUUAAGCUUCAUAAAAAAAUUCAAUGUCAUUACAAAACAUCAGCAUGGUUUCACCGAAGGCCGCAGUACUCAAUCAGCUAUUUUUGACCUCACAUGGGCAAUUGUGACUGCUCUGGAGAAAAGAGAAGUCCCAGAUGCUCUGUUUGGGGACUCAUCUAAGGCCUUCGACCAGGGGCGGAUACAGGGGGGGGGUGCAUGGGGGCCAUGGCCCCCCUCGCGGAUCUUAUAUAUAUAA